UGAGCCCAAUCAUAAAAACACUGCAAACAUUCAGCUGCCGGACAACUCGACGACCCAAAGCCCCCUCGACCCCCGUCCCUCUACCAACCCAGACCCGGUCCUCUACCAAACCGUUCCAGGCCCCCCCGUCUCCUCCGUUACUCCGGACUUUUUCAAACUUUGACUCAUUUGGGGAGCCAUGCCCGCUGUCCCCGCCUCCAAGGACCCCGCCGCCGCCGCCAAGGCAGCCGGGUGUCCGCACGCCGCCAAGAUGGUCGCCAACGGAGACGGCAAGCUGCAGGUGUCCUUUGCGGCGCACGCGGCGCCCAGCGAGGCGGACCUGCCCCUCGACGCCGGCCCCCCCGCGGCGGACAGGAAGUGGAUCCGCCCCGACCUCCCCUCCCGAUGCACCUGGAGGCUCGGGGGGUCCGACCUCGACUCCCCCCACACGCACCCGCAGAGAGUGUCAAGCCCCAACAUCCUGCCCAACAUCCUGGACCGCAUCGGGGACACGCCCCUCGUCCGCAUCAACAAGAUCUCCAAGAUGUUCGGACUGAAGUGCGAGCUGCUGGCCAAGUGUGAGUACUUCAACGCGGGCGGCAGUGUGAAGGACCGGAUCAGCCUGCGGAUGGUCGAGGACGCCGAGCGCGCCGGACUCCUCAAACCCGGGGACACCAUCAUCGAGCCCACCUCCGGAAACACAGGCAUCGGCCUGGCGUUGGCCGCGGCCGUGAAGGGGUACCGCUGCAUCAUCGUGAUGCCUGAGAAGAUGAGCAUGGAGAAGGUGGACGUGCUGCGGGCGCUGGGCGCUGAGAUCGUCCGCACGCCGACCAGCGCGCGCUUCGACUCCCCAGAGUCCCACGUGGGCGUGGCCUGGCGCCUGAAGAACGAGAUCCCCAACUCCCACAUCCUGGACCAGUAUCGUAACCCUAGCAACCCGCUGGCCCACUACGACACCACGGCCGAGGAGAUCCUGAGGCAGUGUGAUGGUAAGGUGGACAUGCUGGUCGCGGGGGCGGGGACGGGAGGCACCAUCACCGGCGUCGCCCGCAAGCUGAAGGAACGAUGCCCCAACGUCAAGAUCGUGGGCGUGGACCCUGAGGGCUCCAUCCUGGCUGAGCCUGAGGACCUGAACCGGACCGAUACGACCCAGUACGAGGUGGAGGGCAUCGGAUACGACUUCAUACCCACCGUGCUGGACCGGACCGUGGUGGACUCCUGGUUCAAGUCCAACGAUGAAGACUCCUUCAACAUGUCCCGCCUCCUCAUCAAGGAGGAGGGGCUUCUGUGUGGCGGGAGCUCCGGGACGGCGAUGGCGGCGGCGGUGAAGAUGGCCCGGGAUCUGAAGGAGGGCCAGCGCUGUGUGGUCAUCCUGCCGGACUCCAUCCGCAACUACAUGUCCAAAUUCCUCAAUGAUAAAUGGAUGCUCGAGAAGGGUUUCCUGAGGGAAGAAGACCUGAUGAUCACCAAACCCUGGUGGUGGAACCUGAGGCUGCAGGGUUUGAACCUGUGCGCCCCCCUCACUGUGUUGCCGUCAGUUACCUGUCAGAAGACCAUCAAGAUCCUGAAGGAGAAGGCCUUCGACCAGGCUCCCGUGGUGGACGAGUCGGGGGUGAUCCUGGGCAUGGUAACCCUGGGCAACAUGCUGGCGUCGGUGCUGGCGGGGAAGGUGAAGCCGUCGGACCCGGUCAGCAAGGUCCUCUACAAGCAGUUCAAACAGAUUCGUCUGACGGACAACCUGGGCAAGCUCUCCCGUAUCCUGGAGACGGACCACUUCGCCCUGGUGGUCCACGAGCAGAUCCAGUACCUGACGGACGGCUCCACCUCCCUGAAGCAGAUGGUCUUCGGCGUGGUAACGGCCAUCGACCUCCUCAACUUCGUUACCGCCAGGGAGAAGAGGGAGAGGACCCUGUCCGAGUGCGCUGACGACUACUGACCCCCCGGUCCGCAGAGUCUACAUGUUGCCCUGGACACGCCUUCCACCGUUCUGUGAUUGAUGGCCGCCGCUGUUGAGGGGCUGGUCUUUGUCACUGCUUAGAACAAUGCACGCACGCACACGCUCUGUUACAGGUGUUUGAUUGGGUCAGGAGCAGAACUGUGCUUGGGCUCAUAGUGCAAGAAUGUUGAACACGUUAAAUGUUUAUUAAAGUGAGGAGAAAGGUAUUGUCUUGUG